AUGACGGGAUUUAAAGUGUGGUUCUCUUAUGAGGACGAAGAGGUUGAGUUGGAUGACUUAAACUUGGAUACAACAGUGUCAGCGCUGAGAAAGAUUAUUCAUGAAGGAAAGAUAUUUCAUUUUCCAUAUGGAACAUCACAGACCGAUAUUCAGAUCGGUACUAUGUCUGGUGACAAAUUCGAAAAAUAUAAAGCAAGAAAUACUUUAGAUGAUAUUCAAUAUAAAAUGGGUGAUACUUUAUUUGUAAAGGUUAAAAAGAGUAAAGUUUCAGAUAAUUCAUCUAUUCCAACAUUAAAUUUAAGUAUAAUAGAAAAUUCAGAGAGAGUUAUCAAGUGGGAUUACAAUCCAUAUACAACGACAGCGCAGUGGUCGUGCACUGCCAUACUGGUGAGAAUGGAACAGGUGCCAUUUGCAGAGGGUGCCUUUAGAAAGGCUUAUCACCUGCAGGAUCUGAGUAGGGCAGAGGCACAGGGAAGAUACGUCGCAAAGAUCGGUAAGAAACCGUCGCCGCGUGCCUCCUACUUUGAGGACGUCAAGAUGCAGAUGAUCGCCAAGAAGUGGGCCGACAAAUACAAUGAGUUCAAGCCACCCAAAAAGAUAGACUUUCUGCAGUCGUGCGUGCUGGAAUUCGUGGAUCGCACAUCGAAUGACGUGAUCUGUGGCGUGGAGCCAUACGUCGAGGGCCAGUACCGCAAUGCAGUCUCUGCAAAUACAUCUUCCGGAGGUUUGAAACCUCCCGACACUCGUGAGAGAUCGAAAUCAAAAUCAUAUGAAAUCGAAAGAGAAAGACAAGAAAAGAAGAAAGAACAAUCAAGUUGGGAUAUAAAUAGUAUAAAAUUAAUAGACACAAUUAAAGGUUAUCAUAAUACUUCAGCAUUAUGUAUUUGUGAUAAUCAAGUAUUUACAGGUUAUUCUGAUAAUUCAAUAAGAGUAUUUGAAUAUAAGAAUAAAACAUUAGAAUUAACACAGACACUAAAAGGACAUGAAGGACCAGUGGAGUCAAUUUGUUAUAACGAUCAAUAUCUUUUCAGUGGCAGUUCGGAUCACUCUAUCAAGGUUUGGGAUUUGAAGAAACUUGGAAGGUGUAUUUUUACGUUGGAGGGUCACGAUAAACCAGUACACACCGUAGUGGUCAACGAUAAAUAUCUAUUCAGUGGUUCUUCGGACAAGACGAUCAAGAUUUGGGAUCUAAAGACACUGGAGUGUAAAAUUACUUUGGAGGGACAUCAACGUGCUGUCAAGUCACUGUGUGUCAGCGGACAUGCGAGUGACGACAAUACCAUCAAGAUUUGGGAUAUAGAUACACAUCGAUGUUUGAUUACAUUGGAGGGACACAACGCUACCGUUCAGUGUUUGGCACUCUGGGAGGACAAGAGAUAUCUACUCAGCUGUUCACACGAUCAAACUAUCAGACUCUGGUCUUGGGCAGACGCUGGUGUUGGUAGUGUUGUUGCUUCUUCAGAGCAAAUUAAUAACGACGAAAAUAGAUAG